AACAUGUGUUGCUUUUGUAUUCGUUUAUUUACGAAAUUUGGUUUAUUUUAUUAUCAAACCGAAUAAAUUCAUUAUUCAUUGUAAAUACUAAAAAUAUGUCCAUUCAACUGAUAUCAUUAACAAAAAGAUUGAUAACAAUUAAACAUCCAUCAUCAUGUGUAUUGGCUAUGAAUAUAGUAAGAACUAUUUCGACCAAACAGGAUGGAUCAAAAAAACGAACCAUCAAAUCAAAACAGAACGUUAUGAAUCAAUGGUUGCCAUUGAAUUCAGAUCUCAAUCGAUUCACAACUCGCACAUUUAAUUGUGCUCAACUAAAUGAUCGACUAAUUGGACAAAAAGUUCAGCUAUGUGGUUGGCUUGAAUAUAGUCGAAUGAAUCGUUUCAUUGUUCUACGUGAUAGUUAUGAACGAAUACAAUUAUUCGUAAAACGAAAACAAGAUGCAGAAAUUAUUUCCAAAUGUCAUUUGGAAUCGGUCAUACAAGUAACCGGUAUAGUUGCUGCUAGACCAGAAAAAGAUAUCAAUGUUAACAUGGUGAAUGGCAAUAUUGAAAUUCUAGUCGAUCAUCUUGAAUUAUUAAACAAUUCGAAAGCAAACAUGCCUUUUUUGCCACUUCGUGAUUCAAUUAUGUCUACAACUGAAAAUGUACGACUCCAAUAUCGUUAUAUUGAUCUACGACGAGCACAAAUGAUCAAGAUUUUAAGAUUGCGAUCAUGGAUGUUGAUGGCAAUGCGUAAUCAUCUAGUCGAACGAUUUGGAUUCAUUGACGUAGAAACUCCAACAUUAUUUAAAGAUACACCCGGUGGAGCGCAAGAAUUUGUUGUUCCAACACGAUUCAAAGAUCAAUUUUAUAGUUUAGUGCAAAGUCCACAACAAUUUAAGCAAUUAUUAAUGGUUGGUGGUAUUGAUCGAUAUUUUCAAAUAGCACGAUGUUAUCGUGAUGAAGGAACAAAAUCUGAUCGACAACCAGAAUUCACACAGCUUGAUCUUGAAAUGUCAUUUACAACUAUAGAUGGUGUCAUGGAAUUGAUUGAAGAUUUAAUUCAGAAUUGUUGGCCGAUUCAAAGCGAAAGAGUAAAACUUUGUAAACCAUUUGAUCGGAUUCGUUAUGAAGAUGCACUAAACAAAUAUGGUUCUGAUAAACCAGAUCUUAGAGCUCCUGAUAUAAUAAUUAAGCAAAUGAGCUGUCGUCGUGAUUGCUAUAUGUUGAUCAUUCCUCAGGAUUAUGAUACGGACUUUGUUAUCAAAAACUUCCUUCAGAAUGAUCUCAAUCCUCUUUUGAACACAUCGAAUUUUAAUGGUCGAUUAAAUCAUUUCAAGUAUUCAUCGCUACCAUUUCAAACACACGAUCUUGAUAAUGAUAUCUGUAAUGAAAUCCGCAAUGAACAAAAUUCCUUUCAAGCUAAUGAUUUUAUCUGGGUCGCUUCUGGUAGCGAUCAAAUGAAUUGUCUUGACAUUCUUGGUCGAAUACGUGCCCAUUGUAUUGAUAUGGUUGAAAAUGAUCGUCUAAGUAAAUUGGGUGAUAAUUCUGAUGGUCAACGUAAGCUAUCGUUUUGCUGGGUUUAUGAUUUUCCAUUGUUUGCAAUGGAUCCACAAACUGGCCAAUUAAAACCUGAACAUCAUCCAUUUACAGCACCAAAACCUGAAGAUCAAUCAUUGAUUUAUACGGAUCCAGCUAAUUGUACAGGACAAUCAUUUGAUCUGGUCAUAAAUGGUCGUGAAAUUGGUGGUGGUUCUAUACGUAUUCAUUCGGCUGAAUUACAAAGCUACAUACUAAAUGAUCUUCUUAAAUGUAAAUCUAAAUCAAUGGAUUAUUUUAUAGAAGCUUUGCAAUGUGGUUGUCCGCCACAUGGUGGUUUUGCUAUCGGUAUUGAUCGUUUGAUUGCCCUAAUUUGUCAACAGCCAUCAUUACGUGACGUAAUUGCCUUUCCAAAAUCUGCACAAGGUAAAGAUCUCAUGUCCGGUAGUCCUGGGCAGAUAAGUAUUACAACAAAACAAUUAUAUCAUUUAAUACCAUCAGACCCAAUUCUCCCAUAAACUAGCAUUUGUUAUUAAAUCAUUAAUUUUAACAAAAAAGAACAAUAAAAAUUUAUUUUUUUCUGUCC